UCCUAUAAAGUCUGGAGCCUGACACACUCCUGCUGCCAUCGCUGUCACCGACGUUACAGUAUGCUGCCUGCUGUGGUGAAGCUCUGCUGUGGAAUCUCCUACCCUCACCUCAGGACCAUGGCAGGACUGCAACGGCUAGCUAUCGCAGCGAUUGGCCAGGAGCUAGCUCACAUGCAGAGGAAUGGGCAGAGCCAACUACCAGCAUGGACCAGCCAUAUGGGUUGGCAGACUGGCACCGUUCAGCAUCAACACGGUGAGAGCUCCAGAAGAGAGGUAGUCAACCCAGUCCCGUUGAAAGAGGAGGAGCUGCUGUACAUAAGGAGUGGGCACGAGGCGCUGACCAAGGCUCUGGACAUUGUUGACGAUAAGAAUGGAUGGAAAACAGAACUCACAGAGGAGAACGGGGAUGUGAUCUACAGUAAAGUGCUGUCUGGGGACAGGAAGGUCUUCAGACUGGAGACUGUGUUAGACGCCACGCCAGAAGAGAUACAUCACAACCUGUGGAAGGUGGAAGAGAUGCACCAGUGGAACCCAAGCAUCAAAAACAUCAAGGUAACUGCGGAGGACGGACCAACGUGUAUUAUCAUCGAGCCCCUGGCAGACGACACGGGCAGGAGCCACUUUACGUGGCUCCUCAACAUGGAUGUCAAGGGCUGGCUGCCAAAGUCAAUCGUCAAUCAAGCUUUGCCGCGAGCGCAGGUGGAUUUCACCCGGUGUCUGCGCAGACGGCUGGCCGAGGGACCUACUCAGCGACACACAAACCACCAUGCUCCCACAGUGUCUUGAGCCGGACAACCACCACACACACACUCUCUGACACACACUCACUGGAGUUGAGUGCUUGGGAGUAGAGACAGAGAGAGAGACUGAAGGACCUGGUUGCCAUUCACACACACACACACA